AUUUCCGGACAAGACAAUUAACACUUACACAGUUAUCAUUGUUAAAUGUUAACAAAUAAGCUAAAUGAAUUUUGAAAAAUGUUAUAGAGACGUUGUGUGACAAUCUAUUUUCGGGUAAAACGUAUUAAUGGGAAAGGGGAGAGCACAGGUCAGUGACUACUGUAACAUUACAUUGAUUGUACUAUGUCCAAUUAUAUGUUUCGUGCUCCUGUUGGUUGGAUAUGGAGUGGCCAAGAUUGUCAUGGGUGCUGUGUAUCUGGACGACUGUAAACUAGAGAACAUGGUUCCUGUAUACCUCAUUGUGAGUGGCAUGUCCCCUUUGUUAUUCAGCGGGUUUUGUCGUAAAGACAGAGACGAAAGCGGCCUGUGUGGACCGGGAACAGUGUGUGGUGUGAUUGGUUUUAUGUUUAACUUCUCGUGGCUGAUUUGUGGAAGUGUAUGGAUAUGUCCCAACUAUAAACAUUUAGUGACUGACGAUUUUAAACAAUGCGAAGACAAUGUCACCGCAGAUUGCUUUCCAAAUAUUUGUAACCGAAAUCUGAUAACUUUUGCAUUCGCCACUGUGAUUAUUGACUGGAUGUUUAUGUGUGUAUGGAUAUGCUUCAUGAUUUAUCUAUGUGGCAAGCUAUUCUGCAAGUAUUAGUCAAACGUCAUACUAGUAAAUGAUUCUUUACAGUUUCAAUAUAUAUGUAUUUUAGUACAAUCUGCAAUCAAAGGUCCAACAAUAAAAGCAUGGUCAGGAUGAA